AUGCAGGUGGUGGGCAUGGUCUCCACUGACAGCAUAUUCUACAACCCGCGCAACAAGCGCGAGGAGGUGGCCGCGGUUCGCGCCAAGUUUGUGUCACAGGAGGGGGACCACCUCACCCUGCUGGCGGUGCUCAGGGCGUACUUGCAGGUGCCGCGGAAGCAGCAGGCAAACUGGGCGUCAGACAAUUUCGUCAACCUCAGGUCCGUCCGCAAGGCCCUGGACAUAUACCACCAGCUGGAGGGCCACCUGGCGGCGCUCGACGUGCCCAUCAAGUCGUGCGGCGCAGACCCCGCGCCGCUGCAGCGGGCGCUCGUUUCCGGCCUGUUCCCGCACGCUGCGCGGCGGCAGCCCGACGGCGGCUACCGCGUGAUCGCCACGGGCCAGCUGGUCCACCUCCACCCCUCCAGCGUGCUGUGCGGCAAGCGGCCAGAGUGCGUCGUCUUCAACGAGCUGGUGCGGACCACCAAGCAGUACGCGCGCGAGGCGUGCCGGAUCGAGCCCGCAUGGCUGCCCGAGCUGGCGCCCGCCUUCUUCGCGGCCAAGGCCGGCGCCGCGGCGGGUGCCGUGGAGCAGCGCGCGGGCCCCGGCGGGGGCGGGGCGGGGUAA